GUCAGCAUUCCAGGUCUCUGGAACUGUUAGACAGCCAAACUGCUUUUGCGCCUGUGUGUCAUAUUUUAUUUUUUUAUAUAUUUGCACUAUUGUUUUGCGUUAAGUAUUGUAAACUGUACUCUAAUGAUUCAUUACAACUGUGAGAUAUUUAAGUAGCGUUUAAAUACAAUACUGAGAUACACAGAUCUUCACAUGGACGUUAUAAACCACUACUCCCCAAAACCCUGCUCGUUCCUCCAGCUCCUGCAAAGCGUUUGUCGCCUUGGCCGAGGAGAUGUCAGGCGCUGUGCUGCAUUACGUCACUUUCUUCGUCUUUGAACGAGAGCAGCGAUAGCUCUGGACCUCUGGGCGGCGCGGUCGCUUUUCGCCUGGUACUGGCUCAUUGGAGGCAUGAGACAUUAGACCAUGAGGCACUGGGGUAACCACGUUACAACGGUGUAGCGGGUGGGAGACUCCGCGGAAGUGGAACAUCGAGGAGCAGAACGUUCGGAGCGACAAAGGAAAGUGGAACGCUGAGGAGCCGGACGUUCGGAGGCACAAAGGGAAGCGGAACACUGAGGAGCCGAACGUUCGGGGGAAUAAAGGGAAAUCGAACUGUGGGCGGGACCGUUCGGCCGUCCCACUCGGGCCAACAACCGCGCUGCCUACAGUCUUGCAGUUUCUCUCACAUUCAUUUGGAAUAGUCAUGAUCACUCCUGCUUUUGAAUUAAGUCAAGAUGCUAACUUCCUCACUAUUAUAAUCCAUGUCCCAUAUGCAAAAAUUAAUGAAGUUGACUUGUACAUUGAUGGAGUGGACUUCAAAUUUUAUGCCAAGCCUUACUUCUUAAGAUUGAGUCUUCCAGGAAAGAUAGUGGAGGAUGGAAGAGAAACAGCUUCAUAUAAUGCAGAUGCAGGAAUUUAUACCAUAAAAGUUCAAGAAACUCCUGAAGAAUAUUUUGAGGGACUGGAUAUGCUGACUUCACUUCUGGCACCAAGGGGUUCAAGAUCUGCAAAGCCACUAGUGGAAGAGCUUGGACAACCUGCUUAUGCUGAAAUUGAAGAUGAAGAAUUUGACUGGGAAAUUGAGCAAACACCCUAUGAGGAAUUGGAAAGAAGUGUAUUAAACUCAAGCUAUUCCUACGGUUUUGGAAAUCUAAGAUCAGGAGUUCAAAGACUGCAGCAUGAGCUUAGUGAUGUGAUUGACCUGAAAGAACCAGAUAGCACAACUCCACUGGAACGUCGACAAAAGCGGUUGGCUGCUGAAGAGGCCAAGUUUGAUUCUGACCAUUAUCUUGCUGACCUGUUUGAAGAUGAUGCCAUUCAGCAUUUGCUGAAGUAUCAACCUUGGUGGCGAACCACUCGGAGGGCAAAGGAAGAUGCGAAGGAAACCCAGAAUGAACAAGAUGAUUCAGCAGAGUCAAGAGGACAGUGUGUCAAAUUUUCUGAGGAUGAAAAGGAGCAGCUGCGAAAAUUCACCAACAGAAAUUACCCUGAUAAAAGCUCUUGUCAAAUUGCCUUCACCAGUCUGGUUGACAUACUCCUUGCAUAUGCUUAUGAAGUCCGCAGUACUGAAGGGGAAACAAAUACUGAAUCCUCAUGGAACAUCUGGAAACUGAGCGGAACACUUUGUUGGCUUGAAACUUACCAUUCUCUUCAAGAAGUUGUUGUAUCCUUCAGCAGAAGAGUUUUGUGUUAUCCCUUUUACAGACAUUUUCACUUGGCUCUGAAAACUAUUGAGGAUGCAGUCUUAAUACUUCACUUGGGUAAGUCUGCUGUUUUGAAAUGUUUGCUGGCCAUCCACAAAAUCUUCAGAGAGAGUGACCCUGCAUACCUCUUCAAUGAUCUUUACGUCACGGACUACUGCAUUUGGAUCCAGAAAGUGAAGUCAAAGAAACUUGCAUCCUUGGCUAAAUCAGUACAGAAUGUAAAAGUCACAAAGAGUGAUUUGGGCUUUGAACUGAAGGAACUGGAGGAAGCAGCGCUAUUAGUUCAACAGGAAGAAAAUCAGAUCAAACAAGGAAAGAAUGACCCCCAACCAAUUCAGUCAGAAAGUGAGACAGAAUCUGAGGAAUCAAGUAGCUCAUCCUCAAAUACAGGAGAAUCUGAUUUGUGUGAAAGUGAUUUGUCUAACCAGAGCAGUUGUGAAGAAACAUGGAGAAAUGGAUUGCUUCUUGGAAAAGAGGCUGACUGCGUAACUGAUAUAGAAGUUAAAGAGUCUUUGAUCAAAUUGAGUUGUGGCAAAGAAACUGCACACAUGGCGGACGCACAGUAUCCAGACAAAUGUGCUUUGAGGGAAGCUCCCACUGCUAAAUCACCCCCAAGAAGAUUGAUAGAAGAACUUACAGAUCAGUUGCAGUCAGUAGGGCUUUCGGAGCACUGUGAAAAAUCUGCUAUUGAGAAUUCUAAUGCUUCAGAGCACAAGCAAACAAGCCAGCCUCUUCAGAGUUUGGCACAGUACCAGCAUUCACAGACGACCUCACAGCAGACUUUCUUAGAGGUGUCUCCUGAGAGGAAUUGCCUGCUGCUCGUUGCAGGUCCUGAUAAUACAGAGGAUUUUACAAACCUGGCAUGAGUCCAGGUUGCAUGCUGGAAAAAAUAAACUGAUUUACAUGUGUAAGCGGCUGAUGUUAGUUAAUGUACUUGUUAAAUAACUUCAGAAACGGAGAAUAUGCAGCAAAUGCUUUGGGGUUUUCUCAUAUAUUACCAGAUUUAUCUGUACAUAAGCAUCUUAUCCUAGUUUUUUUUUAAAAAAAGCUGUUGUCCUAAUUGCUGCCUCUCAAUGUGCAUUGUGUUGUGGUGAUAAAUAAUUGUGCUGCAAGUUUAACUAUUGUUAUUCUACUUGUAUAUCAGAUUGGAUUGAUUUGGAUCAGAGCAUUUGUAUUUAAAUCUAACCUGUACUUUUACCAGCCACAUUAAAUGACAGCAGCAUGCUGAUAAAUUAACGAGCAGUGGUGGGGAGUGACAGAAGAUGGUUUUGCAUCUUGGCAUCUCCACCGGCUGAGAUUUUUGUCCCUUGAGGGAUGUGGAUUGUCUGCCUCUUCUGCUAAGGAAUUGGCUGCAAUGUGAGAAAAGGAGAACUUAGAGGGAAGGAGAAAUAAUUAGUAAGUUGUGGGAUGAGGAAAAAUGGUAGGUGUAAUCAACAAUGUGAAAUUGCAAAGCAGUGAAUCCACUUCUGUUAAUAGCGUCAAUCAAAUGUGGGCGUUGAAAAGGAUGAAGUGCUUAUUAAAGCUGAAGUCAGAGAAGACUUUGACCUGGAAAGCUCAUCAUUGAAGAGAAUGGAAGAGAGCCGACAGGUUGAACUGGAGCCCUUUGAAUUGAACUAAAUUUUAAUAAUUGAAACUGCAUUGUGGAUAAAAAUCUGACAGGAAAAUAAAUUAUGUCGAAAGUC